AUGGGGUAUAUUGACAGUAUUCCUACACCCAAACCAAGCAUGGGGUAUAUCAACAGUAUUCCUACACCCAAACCAAAAAUGGCAUCUAUGGACAGUACUCUUACACCCAAUCCAAGCAUGGGGUAUAGCAACAGUAUUCCUACACCCAAACCAAGCAUGGGGUAUAUUGACAGUAUUCCUACACCCAAACCAAAAAUGGCAUCUAUUGACAGUACUCCUACACCCAAUCCAAGCAUCUGGUAUAUCGACAAUAUUCCUACACCCAAACCAAGAAUGGGGUUUAUCGACAGUAUUCCUACACCCAAACCAAGCAUAGGGUAUAUCGACAGUAUUCCAACACCCAAACCAAGCAUGGGGUAUAUUGACAGUAUUCCUACACCCAAACCAAGAAUGGGGUUUAUCGACAGUAUUCCUACACCCAAACCAAGCACAGGGUAUAGCAACAGUAUUCCUACACCCAAACCAAGAAUGGGAUAUAUCGACAGUACUCCUACACACAAACAAAGCAUGGGGUAUAUCAACAGUAUUCCUACACCCAAACCAAAAAUGGCAUCUAUUGACAGUAUUCCUACACCCAAUCCAAGCAUGGGGUAUAUCGACAGUAUUCCUACACCCAAACCAAGAAUGGGUUUAUCGACAGUAUUCCUACACCAAAACCAAACAUAG